UUCAAAAUUACUUUGGUAUGAGUCUGAUGUGUGCGUCGGAGUUGUUCAACGCGGAAAGCCAAGUCUAGCCUAUAUUACUUCUAUCGCCUUUCUGGAUCCAAUCAGAAUCCGGUGACGGCCGUCGCUUCUUCAAGAUCUCCGGCAACCGGAACAACAAAUCCGACUUUCUUUCGUAAAUUAUUAAUUAUAUUCUUCUUUAUCUUAAUCUGUUAGAUUGAAACUGUCACUUCAUUCAUACUCAUCCCUCGAGAUCCAAACUCUUCCUCCACUCAUUAAUUAAAGGAACCUCAUUGUUCUUGAUUCUGUGAACAUAUGUAUUUAACUGCCAAUGCCAGUAAUGCGAAGAGUUUUGUUUUUAUAAGUUGUGCAUGCUGUGGGAAGGGGAGAUGAAACUCUUUAUAUGUAUUUUGGCAUUAAGUUUUGGGAUGGCAUGCUACUUGGCUUAAAACGUUCAAGUUUCUGCAAACAUGGCAUUUAGUGGAAUUGCAGAAAUUAUUUCCUCUGUGACAAGUCGUUUCUCAGCUCCAAAAUCUUCUACUAGUCCAUAUGCAUCCUCUGGAUUACCACCGCUGGGGGGUCCUGUUCAUGGUUUCGGUUUUCCUGGUUCUAGACAAAAGAAUCUUUUAAGACUCUCCUCAUCCCUUCAAGAUUUCUCCGCAUAUCGUCGACUUGAUCCAGAGGAUGGUAAUCCCAGCCCUGGAAUUGAGAAUAGUUCACCAAAUAUGAACCAGCAUCAUUUCUCAAGAGAGAAUGGUGGGACUAGUUUCUCCAAGGAGAAGUCAUUGUUGCAAACUACUGUACGAAGAAAGUGGGUGCGUGUAAUCAUGGUUCUAUUCUGCCUGCUGUUGUUGGCUUCUCUUAUUGGGUUGCUCUUUUUCUAUUCCAACUGGUCUCAAGGAUCAGCCAGAUUCUACGUUGUACUUGAUUGUGGUAGCACUGGAACGCGGGUUUAUGUGUACCAGGCAUCUAUAAAUCACAAAAAAAGUGGCAGCCUUCCUAUUCUGUUGAAAUCAAUACCAGAGGAUCUUCAGAGCAAACCUAGUUCUCAGAGUGGGAGAGCUUAUAAUCGUAUGGAGACUGAGCCUGGGUUUGAUAAACUGGUGCAUAAUGCAUCUGGCUUGAGGUCAGCGAUAAAGCCACUUCUUAGUUGGGCAGAAAAGCAGAUCCCUAAACAUGCUCAUAAGACUACUUCGGUGUUCCUUUAUGCUACAGCUGGUGUUCGUAGGCUGCCUGCUUCGGACUCAGACUGGCUUCUGAAGAAUGCUUGGUCCAUAAUGAAGAAUUCAUCUUUCUUGUGCCGGAGAGAGUGGAUUAAGAUUAUUAGUGGCAUGGAGGAAGCAUACUAUGGAUGGAUAGCUUUGAACCAUUAUGCUCAUGUGCUUGGAGCUAGACCAAAGAAAGAAACAUUUGGUGCACUUGAUUUGGGUGGCUCAUCAUUGCAGGUCACGUUUGAGAGCAAGGACUACCAAAACAAUGACACUAGCUUAGACCUGAGAAUUGGUUCUCUGAACCAUCACUUAAGUGCCUAUUCUCUGGCAGGUUAUGGUCUUAAUGACGCUUUUGAUAAAUCUGUGGUUCAUCUCUUAAAGAAGAGUCCCCAAACCAGUAAGGCUAAUAUACUAAAAGGAAAAGCUGUAAUACGACAUCCUUGUCUGCAGUCUGGGUACAAAGAGAGAUACAUUUGCUCCCAGUGUCAAUCUGCAUUUCAAGCUGAUGGGAGACCGAACAGUAGGAAGGUUUUGGGUAAAGGAGGAAAAUCUGGAAUUCCAGUUCAAUUGAUUGGUGUUCCAAAAUGGGAGGAAUGUAGUGCGUUGGCAAAAACCACUGUCAAUUUAUCAGAAUGGUCAGAUAGAAGUCCAGGAAUUGAUUGUGAUUUGUACCCUUGUGCUCUUCAAAAUAACCUGCCUCGUCCAUAUGGACAUUUCUAUGCCAUGUCUGGCUUUUAUGUGGUUUAUCGGUUUUUCAAUUUGAGUGCUGAUGCUGCUCUUGACGAUGUUUUAGAAAAGGGUCGGGAAUUUUGCGAAAAAGCAUGGGAUGUUGCUAAGAAGAGUGUUCCACCCCAGCCCUUCAUAGAGCAAUAUUGCUUCAGGGCACCAUAUACUGUGUUACUACUGAGAGAAGGCUUGCACAUAACAGAUCGUCAAGUCAACAUUGGUUCAGGAGGUAUAACUUGGACAACAGGGGUUGCCCUGUUGGAAGCUGGGAAUGCAAUAUCAUCCAGGGCGAGACUGUAUAACUACAGAUUAUUUCAGAUGCAGAUGAACCCAGUUGUAAUUUCCGUGGUAUUGUUUGUUUCCUUGUGUCUUGUAGUCUGUGCCUUGUCGUGUGCUGGUAAUUGUGUGCCAAGAUUCUUCCGUAGGCUAUAUCUACCCCUUUUCAGGCACAACAGCACCUCAGGGACUUCUGUUCUCAAUAUAUCAAGUCCUUUCAAUUUUCGGCGUUGGAGUCCUAUCAUUUCAGGGGAAGGAAGAGUUAAGAUGCCUCUGAGCCCAGUGGCAAGUGCUCAAAACAGACCCUUUGGUCCCGAUAUCCAGCUCGCUGAAUCUUCAUUAUAUCCAUCAUCUAGCAGCGUUGCACAUAGUUUUUCUUCAAGUAGCUUGGGACAGGCCCAAUUCGAUAAUAAUAGCAGUAACAUGAGUGCAUUCUACCCCGGCCCUCACCGAGGUCAAAUGCGUCUCCAGAGCCGACGAUCACAAUCUCGAGAAGACCUUAAUUGUUCCGUUGCUGAUGCACAUUUGGUCAAGGUUUGAUGAGGUACCUCCUGUUUUCCCCACCACUUUGUGCCAAUAUACCUUAUUGCUCAAAAUAAACUCAGAUCAUAUUCAUGGGGACUUUGUAAAAAAAUUGCACUGCUUUUCGAUCCUGUCAACUGGCUCGGAAGAAUGACUGAUUAGAGAUGGGUGAAAAGUUGUGAUGGCUAACCCGAGAUGGUUAGGCCUGAGCCCUGUAAAUAGCUUAACACGUUGACCUUGACUACGCAUCGUUUGACCAAUCUGUUUUGGUUUGGGAUGGUCGAUCUGUGUCGAGGUUGUUGAAGGUGAGGCCUAAUUAAGGGUUGCCAUUCUUUUGAAGAAAAUUUUUGUACAAUCGAUUCGCUGUUUUUAAGUAGGAAAGAUGGAAUGUUAACAUAUUGGCCUAAUUGGGGGAUUCUUUUUGUACAAUAUACGAUAGAUGUUUUCGGCUAAAAGUUAGAUUUAUGUUCUAAGUGAUAUGUCGUUUUCUGACUGCUCCGGGUUUUCUAUAUCCUAGAAUCAGACUAACUGAAUGCCUUCUCGAGGAGGAGGUUUUUAUUAGAUACAAUGUUUUAGGUCGUUUUUGGUUCCGUUUUCGAACAAGUUCUGUAAGGUUUUUCUUUUGUCAUGAAAUAAGUGGGAUAAGAAUGCUUAAAUGUGAUGAACUA